UCAGGAAAAGAUACAAUAACGGUAAUGCACACCGAAAGCUGCUUGCCAACUGCCAAUAAACAACAGAAGACGAAAAAGACAAGGAAGUAGAAGGCACCCUGACAACUUUCCGUUUGAGCGGGUACAAGAUACCUCAAUCGGAUUGGGGAAAGGAAUAUUCCACCCCCGUGAAUCCGAUUAUAUAUUCAUUCAGAUUGACACUUUUCUUUUGGAAUGAGGUGUAUACAAAGGUUCAAUUCUUUCCGUUUGAGCAAAUAAACCGAAUGCAAUUGGAAUAUUUGGGUCAUUGUAUACGUGGCUGAUGAUUGCGACUGUCUAUGUGACUAUGAGUAAACGUUCCAUCAGCAUUUUGUGGUGAUGAAGACAGAAGCAGUUAACUUAAUCUGCAUCGGAGCAGACAAAAGUAACCUGGCUGUUCUCGGUGUGGGAAGUGGCGGAGGUGAACUGGAUGUCCAGAUGCUGUCUCUCAUGCAGUCCACUUUCUCCACGCUUCCCAUCACUGCUGAUGUGGUGGAAGGAAGCACUGAAAUGCUUGCCAAAUUCAAAGCAUCGGUGAUGAAGUGUGACAACCUUCAGAAGAUUUCAUUCACUUGGCAUAUAAUGCCAAGUGAGGAGUAUAUACAGAAAAUCAAGGGAAAAGGAAACGUGAGGAAAUUUGACUUCAUACACAUGAUUCAGAUGCUGUACUAUGUGGACGACUUGACAGAAACAAUCAAAUUCUACCACAGCCUUCUGAACAAGAAUGGCAGGCUCAUGAUCAUCAUAGAAAGCGCUGAUUCAGGCUGGAGCACCCUGUGGACGACUUUCCCUAAUGAGCUAUGCAGUGAGGUGGUCCCAGUGUAUCGUUCAUCUUCAGACAUCUUGGCCUCCCUGAAGAGUCUGGGUCUGAAAUACGAGGAACGUUUCAUCCACAACACCUGUGACAUUACGGAGUGUUUCGAUCCAAACAGCAAGACGGGACAACGUCUGCUUAGUUUCCUGACAUUUAGAGAGAAUUUCUACCAGUCGUUCACACCACAAAUAAGAGCUGAAAUACUAGACCUUCUCAGGAGCAGGUGUGGCACACAAAAGGAGGGAAAAGUUUAUUUCAACUGCAACCUGAGCUGUAUAUUUGUUCACGCUUGAGCCUUUUCCUCUCUGGUGUAAUGAUUAUCAUUAGUCACCUAAACUUAUGUUGUAUUAUGUUAUAUUUAAUACUUAAAGGGCACCUAUUAUGCUCAUUUUCGACCCAUUAUAUUGAGUUGUGGACUCCU